AUGAAGGUUAAAUCUCUUGGCAGUGCCACUGAAGCAGGGCUUUCAAAUGCUUUUGGAGUUCACAUUUCAUCACAGAUUGCCCCAGAUACUGGACAUGCACCCACAGGAAUUGAUAGAGCUGUCCUUGGCUGCCUCUUCAUCCUGACCACCUUUGUGGCUUCAUGCAACACCUUUCACUGCUCUACUUUUCUGUACACAUGUGAAAAUGGUCCCCCUACUGAAUGCAAGGAUAGCGAUGGAGUUUCACACCCGAUUAACUCAACAUGGAUGACUAAGAAUUGUGAAAAUUGUACUUGCAAUGAAGUUUGGAUGAAAUGUUGCUCAAUAAUUACUAUUCCUGUGAAUUACAACACAACCAAGUGCCAUGCUGUUUUCCAUCAGGAUAACUGCACCUACAGUGUUGUAGAGCGUGAGGACCCUGAAAAGUCCUGUGAUGUUGGUGACUGGAUAUUACUAUAA